GCACUCCCGCUCCGUCAGUUCCCUCGGCAGCGCUGGGCGAGAGCGCCGGGAGUCGCGCGGCUGCGGGAGCCCUGCAGACGGCGGAGGCGGCGGGCAGAACGCGGGCGCGGCGGAUCCCCCUGGCACAGCAGCGCACUCGGUGCCCCGCAACAGGGUCGCGAUGCUACCCGGUCUGGCACUGCUCCUGCUGGCCGCCUGGACGGCUCGGGCUCUGGAGGUGCCUACUGAUGGCAAUGCUGGCCUCCUGGCAGAACCACAGAUCGCCAUGUUCUGUGGCAAACUGAACAUGCACAUGAAUGUGCAGAAUGGGAAGUGGGAGCCAGAUCCAUCGGGGACCAAAACCUGCAUCGGUACGAAGGAGGGCAUCCUGCAGUACUGCCAAGAAGUCUACCCAGAACUGCAGAUCACCAAUGUGGUGGAGGCCAACCAACCAGUGACCAUCCAGAACUGGUGCAAGAGGAGUCGUAAGCAGUGCAAGACUCAUGCUCACAUUGUGAUCCCCUACCGCUGCCUAGUUGGUGAGUUUGUGAGCGAUGCCCUUCUCGUUCCUGACAAGUGCAAAUUCUUACACCAGGAGAGGAUGGACGUUUGUGAGACCCACCUUCACUGGCACACCGUCGCCAAAGAGACUUGUAGUGAGAAGAGCACUAACCUGCAUGACUAUGGCAUGCUGCUGCCCUGUGGCAUUGACAAGUUCCGAGGCGUGGAGUUUGUGUGCUGCCCACUGGCUGAGGAGAGUGACAAUGUGGAUUCAGCUGAUGCAGAGGAGGAUGACUCAGAUGUCUGGUGGGGUGGAGCAGAUACGGACUAUGCUGAUGGAAGUGAAGACAAAGUAGUAGAGGUGGCAGAGGAGGAAGAAGUGGCUGAUGCUGAGGAAGAAGGCAAUGAUGAUGAGGAUGUUGAGGAUGAUGAGGAGGUGGAGGAAGAAGCUGAGGAACCCUACGAAGAAGCCACAGAGAGGACCACCAGCAUCGCCACAACCACCACCACGACCGAGUCUGUGGAAGAGGUGGUUCGAGAGGUGUGCUCUGAACAAGCUGAGACGGGGCCAUGCCGAGCAAUGAUCUCCCGCUGGUACUUUGAUGUCACUGAAGGGAAGUGCGCCCCGUUCUUUUACGGCGGAUGUGGCGGCAACAGGAACAACUUUGACACGGAAGAGUACUGCAUGGCCGUGUGUGGCAGCGUCAUGUCCCAAAGUUUACUCAAGACUACCCAGGAACCUCUUCCCCAAGAUCCUGUUAAACUUCCCACAACUGCAGCCAGCACCCCUGAUGCUGUGGACAAGUAUCUGGAGACACCUGGAGAUGAGAAUGAGCACGCGCAUUUCCAGAAAGCCAAAGAGAGGCUGGAGGCCAAGCACCGGGAGAGGAUGUCUCAGGUCAUGAGAGAAUGGGAAGAGGCAGAGCGCCAAGCAAAGAAUUUGCCGAAAGCUGAUAAGAAGGCAGUUAUCCAGCACUUCCAGGAGAAAGUAGAGUCUCUGGAACAGGAGGCAGCCAACGAGAGACAGCAGCUGGUGGAGACGCACAUGGCCAGAGUGGAAGCCAUGCUCAAUGACCGCCGCCGCCUGGCCCUGGAAAACUACAUCACCGCCCUGCAGGCUGUUCCUCCUCGGCCUCGUCAUGUGUUCAAUAUGCUGAAGAAAUAUGUCCGCGCUGAGCAGAAGGACAGGCAGCAUACCCUCAAGCAUUUUGAGCAUGUGCGGAUGGUGGAUCCCAAGAAGGCUGCCCAGAUCCGGUCUCAGGUUAUGACCCACCUCCGUGUGAUUUAUGAGCGCAUGAACCAGUCUCUCUCGCUGCUCUACAAUGUACCUGCUGUGGCCGAUGAAAUUCAGGAUGAAGUUGAUGAGCUGCUUCAGAAAGAGCAAAACUACUCCGAUGACGUCUUGGCCAACAUGAUCAGCGAGCCAAGAAUCAGUUAUGGAAAUGAUGCACUCAUGCCUUCCCUGACCGAAACAAAGACCACCGUGGAGCUUCUGCCCGUGAAUGGGGAGUUCAGCCUGGACGAUCUGCAACCGUGGCAUCCUUUUGGGGUUGACUCCGUCCCAGCCAACACAGAAAAUGAAGUUGAGCCUGUCGACGCCCGCCCUGCCGCUGACCGAGGACUGACCACCCGACCAGGUUCGGGCUUGACAAAUAUCAAGACAGAAGAGAUCUCUGAAGUGAAAAUGGAUGCGGAGUUCCGACACGAUUCUGGCUAUGAGGUUCAUCAUCAAAAGCUGGUGUUCUUUGCUGAAGACGUGGGUUCAAACAAAGGCGCCAUCAUUGGACUCAUGGUGGGCGGUGUCGUCAUAGCAACAGUGAUUGUCAUCACCUUGGUGAUGCUGAAGAAGAAGCAGUACACGUCCAUCCAUCACGGGGUGGUGGAGGUGGACGCGGCUGUCACCCCGGAGGAGCGCCACCUCUCCAAGAUGCAGCAGAAUGGCUACGAGAACCCAACCUACAAGUUCUUCGAGCAGAUGCAGAACUAGACAACCGCCACAGCAGCCUCUGACGUUGGACAGCCAACCAUUGCUUCACUACCCAUCGGUGUUCAUUUCUAGAAUAAUGUGGAGAAAACAAGCCCUCCGGUUUUAUUAUUUACUCAUUUUCGCCUUUGACAGUUGUGCUGUAACACAAGUAGAUGCCUGAACUUGAAUUAAUAUACAAAUCAGUAAUGUAUUUUCUCUUGACACUCUGAUCACCACACUACAUUAUUAAUGGAUUUUGUGUACUGUAAAGAAUUUAACUACCAAACUAGUGCAUGAAUAGAUUCUCUCCUGAUUAUUUAUCACAUAGCCCCUUAGCCAGUUGUAUAUUAUUCUUGUGGUUUGUGACCCAAUUAAGUCCUCCUUGAAAUAUGCUUUAAGAAUCGAUGGGGGUUGCUUCCUGUGUACGUGGGAGUUUAGCUGCUUCUCUUGCCUAAAUAUUCUUUUCCUGAUCACUAUGCAUUUUAAACAUUUUUAAGUAUUCCAAAUGACUUCAAGACUCUGUUCCCACGACUGCAUUAUACUGUACAGACUGCUGCUUCUGCUAUAUUUGUGAUAUAGGAAGUAAGAGUAUACACAUUUAUUUCUUUGUGCCUGUUUUAUAUGCACACACUAGGCAUUGGGAAUUUGAACUUUUUUUGUCCAUGUCUCUUUGGAUCUUUGAUUAAAAAACAAACCAACCAACCAAGAAGAAUCCCUGUUCAUUGUAAGCACUUUGCGGGGCGGGGUGGGUGGGAGCACUCUCUGGGCUCAGAUAACCAAGGAUUCUCCCAAAAAACUUUUUCUGCAGGAUGAUUGUACAGAAUCAUUGCUUAUGACAUGAUAGCUUUCUACACUGUAUGACAUAAAUAAAUUAAAUAAAAUAACCCUGGGCAAGA